UUCCGUCGAGCGUCGAGACCUGUGCUAGUGUAGGAAUGCUAGUCAUAUUGUAAAACUGCCUAAACUACAUUAAUUUUCAAUAUAUUUUGUUUCGUUCCUUUGUUUAUCUUAGUCUGAUUUGGGUGUCGAUGUUUACUUUACGUCAUGACCUCAAAACGAGCUAAAGUGUCUUCUCGGAGACUCGAGGACAGCACUUCAGGACACCACUGCAGUGUGCCGCAAUGUACAGCCCCGGCUAGGUUUAAUUCUUUUCUUAGUUUUUACACGUUUCCCAAAGACAUUGAGCUACAGAAGAGGUGGGUGGCUAAAAUUAUUAUUAUUAUUAUUUUUCUCCAUUACAAAUCACAUCAGAGUCUGCAGCCGACAUGUUCAGACUAGACCUGAUCGAGCCUUCAACUCCAGCCGGACAGACGUCUGAAAGAUGGAGCUGUGUCGGUACUUUUUCAGUGGAACAACUUUACUCUGCCCCACGGCCUGGAGUUUGGCAGUGGACAGAGCGACCAGACACAGACAUAGACACAAUCCAAACUGAGGACCCCCCUAUGGAUGUACAUAACCCAGACCACAACUACUGAGCCUGCUGCACUUGAUCUCGCCCUCUGAGAUCUACUCAUUUUCUGAGUAGAAAAUGGCUUUUAGCAACACGUUUGGGCUGGAGCGGUUUGCUGCCUCAGAUGAUGACAUAAGGUUUUACACAAGGUUUGCGAGUCAUUCCCACCUGAUGGCCUUUAGAGCCAGCAACACACAAGAUGGUGCGCAUGACAAGAGCAUGGACUGCACUUCAGAAUAUUGAGGUCCCUCACCCUGCAGUCUCUUCAACCCAUUCAUGAGGUUAUCCUGUCCAUGACCUAUUUGUCUUUGGGUCUGAUGCAAAAAAGAUUUGAUCCACAGAUUCAAAAUCCACCAGUCAACUGUGAGCUGCAUCAUCAGUACUUGGGCUAACUUUCUGUAUACUGUACUUGGAGCUGUAGGCAUUUGGCUGUCUGAGGAGACAGUGAAGGCUCACCUGCCAGAUGUUGUUCACAACUACUCUGAUACUCAAGUGGUGCUGGACUGCACUGAGCUGCGGUGCUAAACACCAAACUCUCUUCUCCUGCACAGUGAGGUGUUCUCUACCUACAAACCCCACUGCACAGUCAAAGGGCUGAUUGGUGUGGCCACUCAUGGUGCAGUAACCUUCAUGUCAUCUCUUUAUGAAGGCUCCAUCAGUGACAAAGACAUCCUGAAGCAGUCUAGCAUUAUCUCUCUCCUCAAACCAACAGCAGCCAUCAUGGUGGAUAAGGGUUUCCUUGUAGAUGACUGUGUCCCCUGCAAGGUCCACACACCAGCCUUCUUGUCCAAGAGAGAAUAACUGUCUGGGGCAGAGGUCAGGGAGACGCAGUCUAUUGCAAGAUUGAGAGUGCAUGUUGAGCGGCUCAUUCCAGGGGUGAAGGAGCAGAAAAUAUUCCGUGCAGUGAUCCCACUUUCACUCACAGGCAGCAUGGAUCAACUGUAUGCAGUGGCCUGUGUCUUGGUUAACUACCAAAAUGGACCUUUAGUCAAAGCCUGGGCAAGCAAGUGCUAAUACUGGAGAAGCAUAAUGGGGGUUUCUGUCACAACUUCACCUACGUCUUAUAUGCACGGAGAAGAGAAUGAUUAUCAAGACAUCAAACCUCUAGAAACAGACAAUGGCUAAGCAAGGAAGUCAGGUACUGGGUCUGUAGCAGCUCUGCUAAACGGCUCGUCUGAUUUUUAAACCAACUGUUUCUCCAUUUUGACUGCAGGCUCAUUUGGUGAGGUGAUGAGUGUCGUUACAGUCCAGUGUGUGAAAAUGGUGACAGCCAACAUGUUACUGAGUGUCUUCUUUGUUUCAGGUGCUUUGGCUGAUUGUCCUCAUGAUCCAGCCCUAUUCAUUACUGCACCAAAGAACAUUGAAGCACUGAGUGGAUCUUGUUUGCAAAUCCCAUGUACCUUCUCACCUAAGCCAGACAUAAACUUCAGCACCACAAGAUCAGUUUUCGGAGUGUGGAUUAAAAGUGACUCCAGAUUUAACUCCAAUCCAAACAAUGUGAUUUUCAACAGUAGUAAGACAGUUAACACCUACCCAAUGAAUAUUACUGGAAACCUGAGUGAGAAAAACUGCACCACUUUAUUUUCCAGUUUAAUCACAAGUUACACAGACACAUACUACUUCAGAAUUGAGAACAGCCCAGUCAUGGAAACAGGUUCUUGUGAUCCUCUUCAAAUAACAGUUAAAGAUUCUCCUCUGAGCCCCAGAAUUGAGAUCUCAGGUGAUCUGAAGGAGAAGGAGUCUGUCACUAUAACCUGCUCAGCUUCCACUCCCUGUCCACACUCCCCUCCUAAACUCACCUGGAAUCUCCAACAAGACCCUCACAACACAACAGAGGAGAACACAGAUCGAACUUUCACAGCCAAAAUCCAGGAGACCAUCACUCUGUCAGACAAACAUGAUGGAGUCACCAUCACCUGUUCUGCCACAUAUCCUGUGGAUGGAGGAAACUAUAAGACAGCAGAGGAGAGAAAGACUCUCAGUGUUUCAUAUGCUCCCAAGAACACCUCAGUGUCCAUCAGUCCAUCAGGUUUGGUGUCAGCAGGUAGCUGGGUGAACCUGACCUGCUCCAGCAGAGCCAAUCCUCCCAUCAGCAGCUUCACCUGGUUCAAGACCAGCAAAGAUGGACCCAUCAAAGUGUCUGACAAAGACCUUUACAGUUUUAAUGUGACUGAUGGAGGAGUUUAUUACUGUGUGGCCACAAAUGAUCUUGGUAAUGGAACAUCAUCAGAGAUCCAUCUGACUGUUAAAGGAGGUAGCUUAAUACGAUGGGGAGCAGUUAUUGGAGGAAUCUUUGGGAUCCUUGUUCUCAUCUGCCUGGUCGUCUGUGUUUGGCGUUUAAAGUCGACACAUUCAACUGCACAACAGACUCAGAGUCAAACAGGUGAAGAGCUUGUUGUUGCAGAGCCACCAAGAAAAGCAGAAGAAGAAGAAGACAUCCAUUAUGGAGAGAUCGACUUCUCCAAGCGGAGACCUGGACCGUCCUCGGCUUCAGAGAUGGACAGUGAACAGCAGCAGGAUCCACUGUAUGCACAGGUCAAAGUGUCGAAGACCUAAACGUCCCAGAGGAUCUCUACGCUCAAGUGAAGAGAAAAUGAGUAUUGUCUUGUGAUUACAUCUGGGGUGGAUUUAUAGUUAUCCUUUUUUAACCUAUACAAGAUGUAUAAUAUAGAAAAGACACUAGAGCCUGGACAGAAAAAGCAUCUUCAUUUCACACAGUUAAGGGGAACUCAAAACUUCCACGCUCUGCAGCUCAGAUGG